UCGCCUCCUCUCUGAGACCCGAAGCACUGAGUAUGUUGUGUAAAUAUGGCGGCGCACAUGAGCUCCAUCAUGCGUCUCCGGACUCUGUGCAACCUUGGGAGGAAAACGGUUUAUAUAAGAAUCACACCCUGUUUGGACCGGACUAGAGUAAGUCUGUACAGGACCCGAGCCGGAAGCGCCCAGACCCGGGGAGAACCUGCCCCUGACACAGACAGAGCAGGCCAGUCUGACCUCCUCAUGGAAUUUCCCGAGCCAAAGAAACUCCUACAUUCAACUCUGUCUAGAUCGCUGGGACAGUCAAAUAUCUCUCGAUACAUCCAAUACAGCUGCACAGAUGGAGAUGUUAAGAGGGCGACAGUUACACUAUUCUGGCCUCAGACGAUCGAGGUGGUGGGAUUCGGGUCACGGAAACAGGAGGCGGAGCGACGCGCCGCAGCAGCUGCCUGCAGUAGGCUGAGGGAACUGGGAGUUCUGGGUCCGAGGAACCAGCUUCCCACACAGAGACUAGCUCAGCAGUCUGGAUGGCGCUCAUCUGCUUGGGAAGAUCCAGAGGAAGAUCUGAGUGUGUGUAAAAGCAGCGAGUUAAGACUAACCCCGAGCAAGAAGAUGAGAAGAGCUGCAGGAAACCUCGAAGUGGUGAAAGAGGAUCCAAAGGUCUCGGAGGCCCUCUCCAUCUUUCCAAAGCCGAAGGCACUUUUGGGGAGGGUUAUUCAAGUGGCCACGACAUCUGGUAGCGUCAACGACCUGCUGCACUACAGGACAGGAGGCGGAAAGGUGAAGGAGUGUGAACUCACUCUGCACUGGCCCGAGGAGAUGCGCUUUACUGCCCACGGACGCCGCAGAUUGGAGGCUGAAACGCGGGCAGCAGCACUCGCCUGCCUCAGACUGAAGGAGCUGGAGCUGCUGGAUGGGCAGAAUAAUCCUCUCACACAUGCCAAGUACAACCAAGAGGAGGUGAAGGAGGCUGGUGAGCGAGAGAGGAGGCCGUGUCACAUAGUGAUCCCAGACGACCUGGAGCACAGGAUUAGAGAUUAUUUAACGCAGUUCCCAGUGGAGGAGGAGGUGCAGAAGCUGUGGGAAGAGCAAGCUGACCAGAGGCUGUCUUCUUCCUUUAAUGAGGAGGAGGAUGAUGAUGAAGAUGACGAUGAGGAUCCUGUGCUCGAUACAAUCACUAGCAAGCCUUUCCGCCCUCUGAACCCUGAGGAGGCGGAAAUCCUGAGCGACAGACUUCUGAGGCAAUGGGAUAGAGCAGGUCCGUCCCGGGGGGCGGAGCUUCCAGUAGACUCUCACCGCGAACGUCUGGUGGAGGCAGUGGAGGCAUCAAGGGUGGUGGUGGUUGCUGGAGAGACGGGCUGUGGGAAGACGACACGGAUACCACGCUUCCUUCUGGAGGGCCGUGUGAGGGCUGGAGCUGGAGCACACUGCAACAUCCUGGUCACGCAGCCACGCAGGAUAAGCGCAGUGUCUGUGGCUCAGCGCGUUGCCAGUGAGAUGGGCCCCACCCUCAAAGCCUGUGUUGGCUACCAGGUUCGUUUAGAGUCUCGUCCCCCCGAGUCCAGCGGUGGUUCACUCCUCUUCCUCACAGUGGGCGUUCUGCUGCGGAAGCUGCAGUCGAAUCCGUGGCUGCGCGGCGUGAGCCAUGUGCUGGUAGAUGAGGUGCACGAGCGAGACGUGAACACGGAUGUGCUGCUGGCCCUGCUGCGUCGCGCCCUUACCCACAAUCCUGAGCUGCGCGUGGUUCUCAUGAGUGCCAGCGGAGACACGCAGCGCAUUGCCUCCUACUUUGAUGAGUGUCCUGUAGUGCACGUCCCUGGCUUCAUGCACCCUGUGAGACAGCGGUACCUGGAGGAGGUUCUGAGGGAGAUGGGGAGACCAGCAGUGAAGGCAAGUGCACAGAAGGAACAGGAUGAUUUGACCCCUGACCUUGAUUUAGUGGCAGAUGUGAUUGAUCACAUUCACACUCGCAGAGAGACAGGUGCGGUGCUGUGUUUUCUUCCUGGCUGGCAGGACAUUAAAGCCUUGCAGCAGAAGCUGGAGGAGAAACAGUCCUACAAAUUGGGCUCACAGCUUAUCUUACCAUUGCACUCCAGCAUGUCUGUAGCAGACCAACAGGCUGUGUUUAAACGACCCCCUGAGGGCCAGCGCAAAAUUGUCCUGGCAACGAACAUCGCAGAGACGUCCAUCACCAUCGAUGACAUAGUGCACGUUGUGGACCUGGGGACUCAGAAGGAGCAGAGCUACGAUUCCAGGACCAAGGUCUCAUGUCUGGAUACAGUCUGGAUCUCUCGCUCAAACGUCAUUCAGCGACGAGGGAGGGCGGGUCGAUGCCAACCUGGCCACGCCUAUCACUUGUUUCCCCGGAAACAACUAGACACCAUGACCAUGUUUCCCAUCCCGGAGAUUCUGCGCACCCCUCUGGAGAGCCUGGUGGUUCAGGCUAAAAUCCACAGUCCUCAGACUAAGGCUGUAGACUUCCUGUCCCAGGUGAUGGACUCUCCAGAACAAGGAGCAGUAAGAGAAGCCCUAAGGACGCUGCAGGAAAUCGGAGUGUUGGACACCUCUGAGUGUCUGACUCCGCUGGGGGAGCGUGUGGCAUGUAUGUCAUGUGACCCACGCUUGGGGAAGCUCCUGGUUCUGUCCUCUCUUUUCCGCUGCGUCCUCCCCAUGUUGUCUGUUGCGGCCUGUCUGACCCGAGACCCGUUUCAGAACAGCUUACAAAACCGCUCCACAGUCAACAAGGUUAAAGAGGCUCUGAGCGGCUCCAGCUACAGCGAUUAUCUGGUGUUCAGUAGGGCAGUACAGGGUUGGCGAGAGCUUCAGGACAGACGUGAAAGGCAGGAGUAUUUAGACUCGCACAGUCUUUCACCAGCAAGUCUGCGGUUUAUACACGGUUUAACUCAGCAGUUCAGUGAGAAUCUGGUGGAGGCGGAGCUAGUCACACACCCUGCUGAGUGUCUCCGCACUUCAUCACUGCUGAAUCAGCACAGCAAUCAGGAGGAGCUUCUUAAAGCUGUGCUGUUGGCAGGGUUUUACCCCAACCUCAUCCAGGUAAAGAGAGGUGUUGUAAGCAAAGGGGGCAGGUUUCGCCCCAACGACUUGUCUUACCGCACUCAGUGUGGUCCUGUGUUACUCCACCGCUCCUCUGUCAACCGGGCUCAGCGAAAGCUUCCCAGCCGCUGGCUCACAUUCUUUUCGGCGGUUAAAUCGAACGGCAGCGUCUUCAUCAGAGACUCGUCUGCAGUCCAUCCUCUGGCCCUUCUUCUCCUGACUGACUGUAACCUUAUUGAGCGUGCGUACGGCGAUCAUGUGGAGGUGACCAUGCCGGGCCGUUCUCUCAUACGAUGGGAGCUGUCUGCUCAAACCUGGGAGCUGCUGUGGUCUUUACGCACCUCUCUGCAGGCUUUGCUUCACCGAAACCUCAGACCUUUAACCUCCGACUGUAUCGUCAAGGAGAACAGCGCUCAAGACAGCCAGCUUAUCACUUUGUUCGUGGAUCUUCUGAACAGCACAGAGCCGGAUGCUUACAAUGCAGACUACAGUGACACAGACUGAUGAAGCUUUUUUCAGCUUCAUUAUAUAAAUCUUGCACUUUCUUUGUCUCAUAAUGUAUUUAAUGGAUAUUGGAUAUCCAAACAUGUCCAUGGCUACACUGAUGUGUCAUAGUGGUGCCUACUGAUUGCUCUGACCAAAUCCCGUGACGAGUGAAACGGGAGAUGAGACGAUGCCAUUAUAAUGAACUGGCAUAAAUGAAUUUGACUUCCAUGUAGUCAUCUGUGAAAAGCAUAAGAGCAGAUUUUCAUCUGUAUGUAAAAUAAGAUAUACACUAUACUCAAUGAACCAACAUUAAGAAGGACUAAAACUAUUUGCAUUAGAAUAUUUGAGA